GUUUAAGAAGCUUUGUUCUUAAAAUUAAAGCCUCAUCCCCGAGCUCGGGUCUAACAUUUGGUAUCAGAGCCCAUUGUUCUGCAUCCCCAAGGACCACAGCACUUCCCUCAAGCUUUCCCUUUUCCCCUUUUUUUACCACCCCUUUGUUCGCAGCCCAACCAUGUCAAAUGAAUCUCAGCCCAUGUCUCAUGAAGAACUCGUUGCAUCCAACGCCGCCUUAAAGUCCCAAGUAGAGUACUUGGCCAAGGAGGUAGCUAAGCUCACCAAGAUAAAGCUUAGCACCCUUCAAGGAAGUGAUCAUGAGGAUGAUGCUAGCACUAGUAGCACCACCAAGGCCAAAACUAAUGACGGGUCUGAUUUCAAAGUGGACAUCCCGACCUUUGAAGGAAGGAAUGACCCGGACGAGUUUCUAGAGUGGCUAGAAACGGUGGAACACGUCUUCGAUUUCAAAGAAGUUUCCGAUGAGAAGAAGGUCAAGAUAGUGUCCUUGAAGUUCCGCAAGUAUGCAUCCAUGUGGUUGACCAAUACUUGCACCAAAAGAAGAAGAAACGGUAAGGAACCAGUGUCUACUUGGACUAAAAUGAGGUCCCUCUUGAAGAAGAAGUUCUUACCCGCUGAGUACUUUCCUGAGAAUUUUGCUAAGCUCCAAACACUUAAGCAAGGUUCAAAGUCCGUGGAAGAUUACAACCGAGAGUUCGAGGAACUCUGGCUGAGGUGUGACUUACAAGAAGACGAUGAGCAAACCUUUGUACGCUACCUUUUUGGCUUGAACCUACAAAUAGCCAAUACGGUGGAGUUACAAAACUACGAGACCCUCGAGGAGCUCACCAAGUUAGCCCUCAAAGUUGAGGAACAAAUCAAGAAGUCCAAGUCCCUCUUUUCCAAACCCAACCCUACCUAUGCACGGCCUAACCCAAUCUCCCAAAAACCCACCUAUUAUCCUUCCAAAAGACCCCCUACUGCCCACGGCCAAACCCCCAACUCCUCAACCCCAACACCGUCCAAAAACCCCUCCACCUCCUUCCCCACAAGGGCUGAUCCCAUCAAGAAAGCCCCUAUUUGUUUCCGUUGUCAAGGGCGCGGUCACUACGCUAACGAGUGCCCUAACAAGAAGGUUAUGGCGAUCGUUGAGUGUGAUGAAGAAGAUUGCGACCCAACUUGGGUCGAAGAAGAAGUUGAAGAAGCGGACGAACAAGAUGAGUACGUUGGUCCCGAUGAUGGUGAACUCCUGGAGGAAAAGUUGGAUGGUAGGCUAUUUGGAUGCAUUUCCUGGGCAGGAUAUGGGGGAAUCAAAUGGGGUUGAAGGGUGUGGGUGUGGGAAAAGAGUCUUGGAUUUUUGUGGCUGUUUGUUUAGCCAAGUUGAGGUGUAAGGAAGUGGUAAUUGCAUGGUUAAGGGCUAAGGUUUUUGGUCAGGGAUGGAGGGAGGAAAGGUAAGGAAAAGAAAUAGAGUUUUGGGGU